GGCUUCCUCUCUCUGGUGAUCUCGGGGAGAGAUAAUACGGCUGCGGUCCUGUCACUGCAGGGAGGCGCUCUGCCCCGCCCUAAGCUGCACUCUAUGGUACCGCUCGCUUUAUGAAGGUGUAGCAAGAUGGCGGAGGCGGAGGUGCGGAAUGACAGCCAUGGAGACUUCAACAUCACUCUGCUCACCACUGCGGCCAUGUCCACGCGGCUUGUCCUACAGACCCCGGCUAAGCCCAUCAUCCCGGUCAACACUGGAGUCCAGGCUCUGCAGGAGGAGCAAUCAAGCGGGAUGUCCAUCUUCUUCAGCCUGCUGGUCCUAGCUAUUUGUAUUGUUUUGGUCCAUCUUCUCAUCAAGUAUCGUCUCCACUUCCUGCCGGAGAGCGUUGCUGUGGUCUCUUUAGGAAUCCUAAUGGGCGCAGUGAUCAAGAUCAUAGAGGCUCAUAAACUGGCCAAUUGGAAGGAGGAGGAGAUGUUCCGGCCUAAUAUGUUCUUCCUGCUGCUGCUCCCACCUAUUAUAUUUGAGUCGGGUUACUCGCUGCACAAGGGAAACUUCUUCCAAAAUAUUGGCUCCAUCACUCUGUUUGCAGUAAUCGGUACAGCCAUAUCAGCCUUCAUUGUGGGUGGAGGCAUCUUCUUCCUGGGGCAGGCGGAUGUCAUCUACAAACUCACCAUGACUGACAGCUUUGCCUUCGGAUCAUUAAUUUCUGCUGUGGAUCCCGUUGCCACAAUUGCCAUUUUCAAUGCCCUGAACCUCGAUCCGGUGCUGAACAUGUUGGUGUUUGGAGAGAGCAUCCUUAAUGACGCCGUUUCCAUCGUUCUUACAAACACAGCGGAAGGACUCAACCGCGGGGACCUGGCCAAUGUCAGCGGCUGGCAGACCUUCCUGCAGGCCUUGACCUAUUUCCUGAAGAUGUUUUUUGGUUCAGCAGCUCUGGGAACGCUGACCGGCCUUAUUUCUGCAGUAGUGUUGAAGCAUCUGGAUCUGCGGAAGACGCCUUCCCUGGAAUUUGGAAUGAUGAUCAUUUUUGCUUACCUCCCAUAUGGACUGGCUGAGGGUAUUUCACUCUCUGGUAUAAUGGCCAUUCUGUUCGCUGGUAUUGUAAUGUCUCACUAUACUCACCACAACUUGUCCCCUGUCACCCAGAUCCUCAUGCAGCAAACCCUGAGAACUGUAGCCUUCUUGUGCGAAACAUGUGUCUUUGCCUUUCUUGGCCUCUCCAUUUUCAGCUUUCCACACAAGUUUGAGAUCUCAUUUGUCAUCUGGUGCAUUGUUCUGGUGUUGCUGGGUCGAGCAAUCAAUAUAUUUCCUUUGUCUUUUCUGCUCAACUUCUUCCGCGAUCACAAGAUCACCCCGAAAAUGAUGUGCAUCAUGUGGUUCAGUGGAUUGCGGGGGGCCAUUCCUUAUGCUCUGAGUCUUCACUUGGAGCUGGAGCCAAUGGAGAAGCGUCAGUUGAUUGGAACAACCACCAUCAUUAUUGUGCUGUUCACCAUCCUCCUCCUGGGGGGUGGCACCAUGCCUCUUAUCCGACUCAUAGACAUCGAGGACUCCAGAGCUCGGAAGAAGAGCAAGAAGGACAUUAAUCUCAGCAAGACGCAGAAAAUGGGUAACACGGUGGAGUCGGAACACCUCUCCGAGCUGACGGAGGAAGAAUACGAGGCCCAUUAUAUUAAACCGCACAAUCUGAAAGGCUUCAUGUGGCUUGACGCCAAAUAUCUCAACCCGUUCUUCACUCGCAGGCUGACUCAGGAGGACCUUCAUCACGGCCGCAUACAGAUGAAAAGUCUGACCAACAAGUGGUAUGAAGAGGUCCGCCAAGGACCAUCUGGGUCAGAAGACGACGAGCAGGAGCUGUUAUAGCCCCCCAGAGUUUCCAUGCUGGCGUGUGGUGACUUGCAGAGAGUAUGCGGUUUGUCCAGGUGACACUAAAAGCUGCUUUACCUGUCCAUGGUGUGUUCACCCUACAGAAGGGGGGGGGGGGGAUGCUUCUUCUGUGGGCUGCCCACACUGUAGACAAGUCUUUCCAUAGUUGUAUUUUCUCUACAGUUUCCUGAUAAUGUGAUAUUAUGGAGUCCUGGCUGGCUAAGGCUCCACUAAUGCCUGACCACAUAACCUUUAUAUGUUGGAGAAUUGCCAGCCUGGUCUGCGCUGGCUUGUCAGUGACAAUAUCCUGAAUAUCGCCAAUGAGAAGCUGUGUCCAGAAAAUGGAUUGUGGGAUUCUCAAUGCUCACUGACACCUGACCGUACUACUACUGAGUAGGAGCCGCUAAUUGCAUUGGACGGGGAGGUGGACUAUUAGGUAAUUGUACGGGUCAGGGGGGGGGACUCUCAGGUGAUGCUACAACUGGACUUUGUCUUCAAUGUUAGAUUUAUUAAUUAGUAAAUACAAGAAUGCACUUUGAAAAAUAGUUAUUUAGAAAUUAAAGGGAUGGGGGUUGUUUUAUAUUGAUAAUUGGGCUCCUCCCCUUGGUGCUGGGCUCCCCCUAGGCUGUUCUGUAGUAGAUAUAGAGGGCUGGAAAUUCACGAAGAGGGUACACAGCUGUAGUGGUGGAGAUUGGACAUACAGCCAAUCCGGAAUAGGGAGACGGAUGUUGGGGUUAGGUGGGGGUUUGAGAUGCACCAAUCAGGGAGAGAGAAUACGAUGUAGAGGAGGGGUUUAAUACAGAGGAUAUUGAGGUGUGUGCUGUCAGGGCUGAUGUAGCUGAUUAGUGAGGUAGGGAGUGAAGCUGCAGAUGUUUCAGGAUCUGAA